AGAAAGUCCUGGAUAAUCAUGAUAUGUGCAAAAAAAACCCAAAAAAUGGUGCAACAAAAGAGAGCGAUGGGAAUUAUUCUCCCUGAAACAAGUAACGACGAAAAAAUACUUUUGGAGUAACGCGCCCCACUGAGAGGAGAGAGGAGGGACCCAUGAGCACUUAUGUAUUUCAACCAAGUCUCCUCGCCGCCCCGCUUUUUCCUCCACCGGAAGCGGGCAAUUAGAGAAAUAGAUCUGCAAUCGCUGGGCAGAUGAAUUAGUUGGCAUUCACUGUCUGUAUGGAGGGAGAGUUCAGCGCGCAGGGGACAAGAUGUUGGGGAUGUAUGGAGUCACGACGCAACGCAGUUCGUCAUGACUUGAAGUGAAUCACGAUGGGAUUUCUGUAGUGACGUGAAAUUUAGGUUAGAUGCAAUUAGUCUUGGCUUACGUGCUGCAUAUUUACCAGCAGCUGUAGCAUAUAGAUGCUUACUGAAACCACUUCUCAUCACCUUUCGGCUGCAGUUCAUUUUUGCUUUUGUUUUAUUUGGGAAAUUUGGCAAAUUUCCAUCCAAAGCAGAAAUUUCACUGCGCCUGAACUUAUUCUUGCACUAUAUUUUCUAUGAAGUGAAGAGAGUGGCUGCGCUCUGCGUGGAAGCGCUGACCGAGUGCGCCGGUGAAGUCAAGUGUUUGCGGAUUUCUCUGGGAAGACGCUGCUUUAUGCUUCGUGCACCUGUAGACGCCUGCAGAAAGAGCACCGUGGACGCCUUUUGUGCUUCUUUUCCCCCAAACCUUUUAUUUUCUAGGUGCUCUCCUGCAGCAUAAAGCGUCUAUUGGAUGCACGGCUGGAUUUUCAGCAGUCGGAGAGGUCUGGUCACAUUCAGCACCACAUCAGCUUUGAACAGCUCCGGGUCGUCGCGUGUGGAUGGGCUCUGUCGGUCUCCGUGUCUCCUGCAGCUCCUAACUACCGGCAACAAUGGCAUCACACGGUUUCUGGUCUCUUGGCGGAGAUAAUGCGGGGGCCAAUACCGGGAGUCAGAGCCCCAGCAUGACCAGGGCUUGGUGCCAAGCGGCGGCCCAGAAAUUUCCUGGAGGAAUUGGAUCGAAAUUAUGUGCGCUGCUCAAUGUCGGGGAAGUGGAGAAACCCGCCGAGCCGGCCGCCAAGCAGCCGCCGCAGACGGAGGCUGCUGGCACCUGCGGCUGCAACAAAUCCUGCAACUGCACCAAAGCUGCUGUGGGCUUCUCCGACCUCUAUUCAACAGACCUGUUACCUGCCAUGGACGGUGACACCAAAACAAUGACCUUCCUGCAGGAAGUUGUGGAUAUCUUACUGGCCUACAUCGUGGAGUCUUUCGACCGGGAAACUAAAGUUAUUGAUUUUCAUUAUCCAAACGAGCUGCUGCAGAUGAACAACUGGGAGCUGCAAGAGGAGCCGGCGACUCUGGAUGAUAUCUUGAUCAGCUGUCGCGCUACUCUGAAAUACGCCAUCAAAACAGCCCACCCUAGGUAUUUCAAUCAGCUCUCUACAGGAUUAGACAUGGUCGGGCUAGCAGCCGAUUGGCUAACAUCCACUGCCAACACCAAUAUGUUCACCUAUGAGGUGGCUCCUGUCUUUGUGCUACUGGAAUACGUCAGUCUGAAGAAGAUGAGGGAGAUCAUUGGCUGGGCGGAUGGAAGAGGAGAUGGCAUUUUCUCUCCUGGUGGUGCUAUUUCUAAUAUGUAUGCCAUGCUGCUGGCCCGCUUCAAGAUGUUCCCUGAAGUGAAGGAGAAAGGAAUGUCAUCUGUUCCCAGACUGGUGGCCUUCACGUCCGAACAUAGCCAUUUUUCAAUCAAAAAAGGUGCAGCAGCUCUUGGCAUCGGGACAGAGAGUGUGAUCUGCAUCAAAGCAGAUGAAAGUGGUAAAAUGAUCCCAGCUGACCUUGAGAGGAGAAUACUGGAGGCGAAACAGAAAGGAUUUGUGCCUUUCUUUGUAAGUGCGACUGCUGGAACAACAGUGUACGGAGCAUUUGACCCUCUCAUUGCCAUUUCUGACAUCUGCAAAAAGUACAACAUCUGGAUGCAUGUGGAUGGUGCAUGGGGAGGAAGCCUCCUCAUGUCCAGGAGACACAGGUGGAAGCUGGACGGAGUUGAGAGGGCCAAUUCAGUAACAUGGAACCCACACAAGAUGAUGUCCGUCCCUCUGCAGUGUUCGGCCCUGCUGGUCAGAGAGGAGGGUCUGAUGCAGAACUGCAACCAGAUGCACGCUUGCUACCUGUUCCAGCAGGACAAACACUACGACCUUUCCUACGACACUGGAGACAAAGCGCUGCAGUGUGGACGCCACGUGGACAUCUUCAAGCUGUGGCUCAUGUGGAGAGCUAAGGGCACUAUUGGGUUUGAGGCUCAGAUUGACAAGUGCUUGGAGCUGUCAGAGUACCUCUACAACAAGAUCAAAGACAGAGAAGGAUACGAGAUGGUCUUUGAUGGGAAACCUCAGCACACCAACGUCUGCUUCUGGUACCUCCCUCCUGGGAUCCGCUACAUGGAGGACAAAGAGGAGAGAAAGAAACACUUGCACAAGGUGGCUCCAGUGAUAAAGGCCAGGAUGAUGGAGUACGGGACAACCAUGGUCAGCUACCAACCACAAGGGGACAAGGUCAACUUUUUCCGCAUGGUGAUCUCAAAUCCCGCUGCAACCUUCGAGGACAUCGACUUUCUUAUUGAGGAGAUUGAACGACUCGGCCAAGAUCUAUAAGACUCAUCUCACCAAAUCCUCCUGUACUUUUCCCCCUUGACGGAUGAAUUUUUUGUCGUGAAUGUACUGGUAAACUUUUUCUUUUCUCUCUGUUUCCUCCAAAGUCACAUAUUUCAGAGUAUAUUUGAGAAAAAAGAUACACAGAUAUAUCUCUAUAUUAUGUAUUGUAGCUUUGCAGUGGACUAACUUGGUCCAAAGCUAUGUUAAAGUACUUCUGUCUGCCUUUCCUAUAGUGUAAUAGAUCCCAGAUUAGUGUAAGUGAUGUAACUUUAUAUGUACUUUUUGUGAUAUGAAAUGCUUGUGCAAUAGGUCGAUGAGGAAGAGUUUAUUUUUGAAUCAUUUAUCAUUUGCCAAGUAUGUUGUUAAGUGCCAAACGUGGUUGUGUUCUAUUGUAACUUUACAUUUUAAACUUCUGGUUUAAAACAAAAAAAAGCACUUCACCUUACCUCAGCUUAAUCAACUGCCUUUACAUCUGCACACAGUUCUUCGAGCAGUGAUUUUGGCCAAUAUUAUCUUGACUGGUGAUGUAUAGCAGUACCAGCACAUGUUAAAUAAGUAUCCCAACCAGAACAGGCCAUCCUAGGGAUUUAGAAAUAUGUACAAAAGAUGGCAAGGAAAAUAUUUCCAUCAAAAUUACACACCAGUAAAGUCAAUUCAAAGCAUUUAUGAAGGCAUGUCGGUCCAUCAUGCAUCACCUCGGCCUCUGACAGUUUGGUCUGCAGCUUAUGAAGCUAAUUUAAUUUUGUUGCUUAUUACUUCUGACACUUUCUACUCUUUUUACACACACUUCGUUCUAGUGUAUUUAAGUUGGUAAAGGCUUGUUAAACCCAUUUUGUUUGAUGUCACGAGCUACAUGCACAUAUCAAAAUGGGUACUAUUUCCAACCAGGCUGUAAAUUUAGCUGGGCUCAGUGUGCUUUACAUGUUAUAAUGAUGAAUCAUGAGAAAAUGAGAAUAAUCAACACUUCAGAGGUAACAUGAAGUUAUAAUCCUUAAGAAUGUAUUUAUUUCAUACACCAUUUUUUGCUACGAUGAAUGCCCAACAUUUGUUUAACCACAAGCAAGUAAUUCAAUGGACAUUCUGAUAAUACAAAGCAUCAUGUCAGAGUGUUUGUGGCAAAAUUAAAUCAUUGUCUUCUUUUCUUGUUUUAUGGGAAGCAAGGCUGGAUUACCAACUGGGCAAAGUUGGCAACUGCCCAGGGGCCCCAGACCCCAAGAGGAGUUCACUGUAUGUGAACUGGUUUUGGUCAUUUGGUUAAUUGCAAUUUUGCCGCACUAAAGAACAAUAUCGACGGGCCCUGCAAUGUUAACUAAUCUUGUGGCCAUGUGUUUUAAAGGGACCCUAAAUCAAAGUCUUGAUGUAAGACUUUUAUUAUUUUACUUUAUAUUGUGCUUACCUGAAGCAUAUUCUCUAAAACUGUAUCUAAUUUCCACAACACUAACACCACUAACACAAAUUAAGUAUUAUUCCAGUAUAGUACUGGUUGCACUGGACUUCAAGGGAACUUGGAGGUGACAGGGUACAUUUGCAUUGCACAGAGAGCAGUAAGUAGGGGCCCAAUUGCAAAUUCUUGCCCUGGGGCCCACUGAUAGCUUAAUCCAGCCAUGAUAGGGCUUUUUGGGCCAGUGGGCAUCGCAUGACCUGCAGUACCAACUGUGGCCACUACUCCAAAAUCUGGUCAUUUGGAAUGGAAAUCUGGGACCUGUAUUAUUACACUUGCUGUUAUCACCAGUAACCACAGGUGUCUCCAAAUCAACCAGUACUAAAAUUUUAAGGAUUAUAACUUUGAAGAUGUAAACAUCUCAUCCACAGUACCAUAAUGAGAGAGGCUAUUUGUCAGUGGUGUUUUGGAUGAGCACUUAAUGAAAGAUCAAAGAUCUUAAGAAACGGGGAACGGGGCAAGAAUGGUGUUUUGUCUGAAUAUAGGAACUUCCCCAGAUUUGCAGCUACUGUAUACCUGACAUCACUUGCACUAAUUCUUUGGGGGAGGAGGAGCAUCCCUUAGCAUUGCAACUGAGAUUUCUUCUUUAUUCAUUCACAAGCAAUAUUCGAGUAUGGGUCCAAUCUGUAUACCCUGCAAAAUAUCAAAAGAAACAGUGAAUUCGAGUGUACAAUAGUUAAUGAUAAUUAAGUUUCCUACUACGCACAGUAGUUAGCAAAAAAUAAACUAAAAACAUGCUUACUGUAGGCAGGUUAGUUGAUAGAAUGUGAACCCUGAUUUAACAAGCAGAGGUUCUGUAGCAUUUUCAUUAGAACAAGUUAGAAAAGCACAAUUUGCUCAACAUGGUCGGUCAGUGUACAAUCACUUUUGAUCAUAGAUUGUAAAUAGUAUUUCAAGAUGUCCUAAGUACAUAUCUUUGUGUAUACAUAUGUGUAUAUAAGACAUAUAACCAGAGACUAUUUGUGAGGUAAAAGUAUUAAUAUUUUCUCUAUCUCCAAUAUAGAUUACCUGUAUUUUCAUCCUGUUAGUCCAAAAGGCUUUUUUCCUGUGUGUAUGUACUGUAUGUAUGUCAGAUACUUGACUUGGUUUGUGACUCAUCUAGCUAUUUCAAAGAAAAUGUGUUUCAGGGACUGGCUUUAAAGAAAUGGACAGACUUCACCUUGGAAUAUUACGAGUCUUGCUCAGAGACUCUGGUGUUUGGAUUUUAAACGAAUAUGCAAAGCCGUUUGACUCUGAAGCACUGUGUUUUUUGUGCACAAGUGAUACUUGACAGUAUGUGCCAAUGUGUACCUUAGUGUGUUUGUAACUGUGUUGCCUUAGUAUAAAUUUGCCAGUAUUGUCUAGUUUUCCUCCAAAGGGGAGGUUGUGCACUUUAGAGUAUACACAUGACCUAAUAACGUGCAAUGUCCAAUGGUUGUUCAUAAGUUGAUGUUAAAAAAAAUUACUCAAAAAUGUAACUUAAGCUCUUUGGCCUGAAUGUGAGGGUCUGUUGGAAAUGAAAGCAUUUCAUUUUUAGCAGUUUGUAGAUAUUACAAAGCUUCUUGUUUAACUGUCUUAAAUCCCAACAGAGAGCACCCAAGAGUUUAAAAUACUUUUUAGAUUUAUUUGUCCUAAUUCUGUUCAUUUCCCAGAAAAAACUGGCGUACACACUGUGACACAGACAACAUCAGAUUUAUUACAAAGGAAUCUCACUGUGGUAGUCUUUGGAAAGCCAGACAUUCUGUUUCUCUUGCUGCUGCUGCUGCUGCUAGACUUGCUUCCUUUGCACGUGCAUGCAAUGCCUCGCCUAUCCAGCUUGUUUGAUAUACGGUCUCCUAUAUACCUAUUUCUAUAUAUAUAUAUAUACAUAUAUACAGUAUGUGUAGCUCCUGUAAUUAGCUUUAGUGUCUGAUGUAUAGCUUAGCCUGUAGAUUAGUGCACUGUCGCUCUAGCCUUUAUAUGUGAUCUCUGUGUCUUGGGCUUCCUGUAAAGUUUCUCCGUGCCGCAAGCAUGCUAACCUCGCCUAGCAUUGUAUUCCUCUCCGCGCUUGAACUGACUAUCUCUAUCCUCCGUCUUUCUCUUCUGCUUGAAGACUGUCGCAGCUCAGAACGUAGAGUAUUAUAUCUAUAUGUGUAGUCCCUCAGCAUGUCUCUCUUAAAGCUCUUCUCUGCUCUGCACCUGUACGACCUUUUCUCUCUUUCUCUUCGCCCUCUGGUAGCAGUAAAAAUGUAUCCUCGCGCUUUCCUCUAAUGUUUCUUGGCUACCCGCUGUCGUUCUGUUUGUGUGUCUGAGACAAUAUGUUGACUCGUGUCAUGGUGCCAUAACGUCACCGUUUCUGAUUUUGUUUCACAGAGACCCUUGACUCUAUGGGAUGUACGAGAAACAGAAUUAACAGAAUUUAGAUUUGAUAGUCCAAAUACUUGUCCAAUGCAAGUGUUGUCAGCCUUUAACACAGAAGUAUAGAAAAACUAUAAAUAUAUACCCUGGUUUCUUGCUUACAGGAAAUAUUGUUUGUUUAUGAGAACAAUUAAAAUCCCUAGUCAGAGUGCAGUUCAUUUUCACUGAAUAUGGUGCAAUUUUUAAUCAUAUAUUCUGCAAACUGCUGUGCUAGCUUCUCUAAAACAUUCAUUUGUCCUGAACUAUAUGUUACUAUUGGGGAAUAUAAAAAUAAAUAUUGUCAAAACAAA